AUGGGCAAUUAUACUUCCAUGUUCAUGUUCCUGCUGCUGGAAUUCUCAGAUGUCCAAGAACUGCGGUUAUUGUAUUUCUUUGUCUUCCUAGCAUUGUACCUGAUGAAAAUUAUAGGGAAUCUUAUUAUUAUUACUGCAGUUGUUCUAGAUCACCACCUACAUACCCCCAUGUACUUUUUCCUGAUGAAUUUGGCCAUUUUGGACCUGGGAAUAAUUUCAGUCAUAGUACCCAAAUUCAUGACUAUGUCUCUCCUGAAUGACAGGACAAUUUCCUAUCCUGGAUGUGUUGCUCAAGUUUUCUUUUAUAUAUUCUUUGGGAUAUCAGAUUUUGUCCUCCUAACAAUAAUGGCACAUGAUCGCAAUGUGGCUAUCUGCAACCCACUCCAGUAUGAGAGAAUUAUGCACAAAGGAGCUUGCCUUCAGAUGGUAGCCUUUGGGUGGAUUUUUAGUGUUCUUUAUGCUACUUUACACUGUGGUGGCACCUUCGCAAACACCUUCUGUUCUCAUAUUAUCCAUCAGUUCUUCUGCGAAAUCCCACAGUUGUUAAAGCUCUCCUGCUCUGAUGGGUACCUAGUUGAAGUUGGGCUUCUUGUACUAAGCUGCAUUAUAGGAUUAGGAUGCUUCAUCUUCAUUAUCAUAACAUAUGUGCAGAUCUUUGCUGCAGUCCUCAGAAUCCCCUCUCAACAUGGUCAGAAGAAAGCCCUCUCCACUUGCCUGCCUCACCUCACUAUUCUCUCUGUGUUCAUAGUUAGUGUGACCUUUGCUUAUGCAAAACCUCCCACUCAAUCUUCUUCUGAUCUGGACAUAGUUUUUGCUGUGAUAUAUACCAUUACACCUCCCAUGUUGAAUCCAUUCAUCUAUGGCAUGAGAAAUAAUGAGAUCAAGACUGCUUUGUGGAAACUUCUUAAUUCUAGAAUAUCCUUAGCCUUGUUGUACGUGAAUGCAAACACAUUUUGUCCCUUAAAUAUUUAA